AUGGGACAUCUUCGUCUUCGCGUCACUCUUCCCGCGGCUCUCGUCUGCGUGUUGGCGCUCAUAGCCGCAGCGGCAGCAGCCAAAGAUCUCUAUUCUGUGCUGGGAGUGGAGCGGGGCGCCAGCGACAAGGACAUCCGCAAGGCCUUCUACAAGUUAUCGCUCAAGUACCACCCUGAUAAGAACCCCUCCAAGUCAGCCAAGACCAAAUUCAUGGAGAUCUCUCACGCGUACGACGUGCUGUCGGAUCCGGACAAGCGCAGGCAGUACGAUCUCAUGGGGGACCCCUCCGACCCGCCAUCCUCCGCGCACUCCGCGCACUCCUCCAGUUGGCGCGCCAAGGCGGGGGGGCAGCACCAGUGGCAGGGCGGGCCAGGCUUCAGUGGCUUCAGGUGGGGUGAAGGCGCGGGGGCGGGAGGAGGAAAAGGGAGCAGUGGAGGGAACGCGUACACGUAUCGCUUCUCCUCUGGCAAUGGUGCGGGUGCAGGAGGCACAAGUGGCAAGUCGUCGUCCUUCUCCUUCUCCUCCUCCGGUGCUUCCCCCUUCUCAUUCGCCUCCUCUGGCUCCUCCGCUCCCAACGUUGAGGAGCUGCUUGCAUCCUUCGGCAUGGGGGGUAUGGGAGGAAUGGGUGGUAUGGGGGGCAUGGGCGGCAUGGGUGGCAUGGGAAAACAAUUUGGCAAGGCGUUUUCGUCGUCCAAGUCACGCAGUGGCAAGAAGCAUGGUGGAGCGCCGAGCAUGGAGGAGCUGCUGGCGGGCUUCAUGGGUGGCGCUGCUGGCGGUGGCCCCUGGCACGGUGUAAAGCAGCGCAGCAAGGCGUCUGCUGGCGGGUACAGCGGAGGCCAAGGAUUCAAGUCCUCAAGCUCGUCCAGCAAGGCCCGCACAGCCAACCAGAGGGCCAAGACAGCGGGUUCAACUGGGGGUGGAAUGAAGGGUCAGAAGAAGGCUUAUAGAAGAUAA